CUGAUUCACAGGUCAUUCUUCAGGCUUCUGGGAUAAAGAGUACAAGACUUUUUUCUCCAACUCUACAGACUUUUUCUGGACUUUCUUCUGUAUAUUCUCUCACCAUCACAACACUUUUACCAGUGUAUUACUGGAAGUGGACUACACAAACAUAUAAAGGAGUGACUGCGACAGGGUGAGCUGAAGGAUCGUCGUUGUCUCCAAAGAAGAGCAGAAGGAUCGAUUUGAAGAAUCUCAUGACAAGUUACAGCAACGGAGGAUUUUUCAACCCUGCCUACCAUGACAGCGAGACUCUGGAGAUUGAUAGAAGAUUUUCCAGCAAAGCCAACCACACUAACCCCUACGCCAGGAGUGAGAGGGCAGACGGGCAUUACUCUCACAGUCAGACCGGCAGCGAUGAUGCUGCAGGGAGAGUGCCCUGGGGGGGCUGGCAGGAGGAGAGCUGGAGGGGGAGGGAGAGUAUCCCCAUGGGCCUCAUCUCCACACGCCCCGGGAGUCCUUCAUGGCAGCAUGACGCCAAUCACAGUACGUUCCAGAUCCCGCCUGAUUCUCAAUAUGAUCGAGCCCAUUCUGUUCGCCUUCCUUCUGUGAUGUCAGGUAACAUGACGAUGAGAUGGAGGGGAAUGACGAUGAGAAGGAUGAGCAUGUUUCCUAACGAUGAUCCUGUCCAAUCAGCCUUCACAGAGGACGCCAUCAGGAACGAAAUGGAGAAUGAGGAACAGAACCUGGUUAAGGAGCUGGUUGCCCUGUCAACACGGGACCGAAUUCGGGCCAUUCGGGACCUUCCAAUGAGCUUUGAAGAGAAGAAACAUAUCAGGAGCCAAGUGCUGGCAUUCAAGUCUUCCAAGAAAUCUCGCCAGUUCACAUGUUUUGCAGAUUUCUCAGAGAAUAUGUCACUGUCUUUCCGCAGGUGUGGCUACAGUCUGAGGUCAGCCAGGCAGACCCUGGAGCUGUGGCAAGGCAUCAUGAAAGAGAUCGGGGGCAGGUUUGGGACUGGUGUCCUCACUUAUUUCCUGUUCCUCAAGUGGCUGCUCAUGUUCAACAUUUUCUCCUUCCUGGUCAACUUUGGCUUCAUCACCAUCCCGCUGCUUGUUUAUGACCACUCCCCCAACAUACCCCAGAAUGUGAGCUUCAGAGGACUGGAGCUACUGACUGGAGCUGGUUACUUCAAAUACACCGUCAUGUACUACGGUGGCUACAGCAAUGGAACCCUUGAGGGUCUGGUGGAUUACAACAUGCAGUUGGCCUAUUUCUUUACCAUUGCAGUCUACAUGGUUCUGUGUGCAAUUGCACUUAUCUUCAGCAUGGCCAGCUCAUUCAGGAAAAACUAUGUACUAGCAGACGCAUCUUCCAACAGUGCGUGGCAGCUUCUGUGCAGCUGGGAUUUUAGUAUUACUAAUGAGAGAGCAGUGAAACAGCGCAAGAACAAUCUACGAGUCCAGCUCAAGGAGUCUUUGUCAGAGAAGGCCCAGAGGGAGCUGCUAACCCUCUCUGAAAAGCUCAAGCACUUUGGGGUUCAUCUGGGUUCCUGGCUCCUCUCCACUAGCUUGGCUGUUGGCUGUGCAACUAGCGUCUAUUAUCUCUGCCAGUAUGAACAGAAGCGGUCAACAGAUGCAGCCCACUGGUCUCUGCUCCAGGAGGCAGAGACUCUCCUGGUUCCCUUCGUGGUGUCUCUGAUGAACCUGGUCGUCCCGCUCUUCUUCUCCCUCUUCAACAAGUUUGAGCACUACUCCAGCCAGCGCAAACAGAUCUACGCUCUGGUAGUCAGAAACGUGUUACUCAAGCUGUCCAUUCUGGCUGUCUUGUGUUACUACUGGAUGAAUGUGGUGGCAAACAAGUUUUCGUGUUGGGAGUCCAUGGUGGGACAGGCUUUGUAUCGUCUGGUCAUUGUUGAUUUCCUUUUUCUGUUGCUGGGAUCCUUCUUUGGAGAGUUUCUAAGCAAUGUGAUUGGGACGAGAUUACUGCCACGCCUGGGGGUUCCAGAGUUUGACGUAGCCAGAAAUGUUCUUGAAAUCAUCUAUGCCCAGACUCUGGCCUGGAUUGGAAUCUACUUCUCUCCUCUGCUACCGGCCAUCCAGAUCCUCAAAUUUUUCAUCUUGUUUUACAUAAAGAAGGUCAGCCUGACCCAGAACUGCCAGCCUCCACGGCGGUCAGGCAGAGCAGCUCAGAUGCAAACAAUCUUCAUCGCCCUCCUCUUCUUCCCCUGCUUUGUGGGAGCCCUGUCCAUGGUUGCAUACACUGCCUGGAGACUGACUCCCUCAGAGGAGUGUGGGCCUUUUCGAGGACUCAACAACACCUUCAGCGUGGUUGAAGUGUGGAUGGAUAGUCUGGAAACAAUCUCUACUUCUGACUGGGCUGUGUGGAUCUACCAAAAUGUCAUCCGAAGUGAAAUCUUCUACUUUUUUAUCUCACUAAUCAUCCUCGUGACUAUAUACAUCUUCUGGCAAAUCACUCAGGGCCGCAAGCGGCUUAUUGGUCUACUGAGACAGCAGAUUGUUAAUGAAGGGAAAGACAAGUCCUUUUUGUUAGAGAAACUCCAGAACCUGCAGAAGUCUCAGCCUGAUAAGAAAUCCAAACAGAAGAAACAAAAAAAGCACACCAGACGGCGUUCAGACGACCCCUCGGGCGGUCACUCCAACUCAAACGCCGUGGUUCAGGCGUUACUCGCCCGCCAGCAGCUUGAAAAGGACGAAGAGAGAAGCGGUGCUGGUGGAGUGCCCGUUCCUUCCGACAUCUCCACCCCGAGCGCUCUGAUCCAGGCCAUGCAGGCCCGGCAGAGGGCCGAGGCUCAAGAGAGGGAUGAAUACUACAGCAGUGGAUUUUCUGAGCGCUCUAUCAGCACAUCCAGCGCCGUCACACAGGUGAUGCAAGCCAGACACGGAGCAGAUGAUGCACAUGACUCACCAUCUUCUGUGUCAAGUGUUAUGAUGCAGGUUAUGCAAGCCAGACAGAGAGCAGAGGAGGAGGACAGGCAUCAGAACCAAGCUCCUGCAGGCUCCAGCGCUCUCAUACAGGCCAUGUUGGCACGGCAACAGGCCCAGAAUGAGUAUGAUGAUGGUUACUAAGUGUUUGUCAGAUUAUAAAUUCUGUUGUCACCCAUAGAUGAAUCUGUAUGAGCUAGGGCUGGGCGAUAUGGACCAAAAGUUAUAUCCUGAUAUAUUUAGGCUCAAUAUUGAUACAUGAUAUAUAUCCUGAUAUUUUUAUCACAAAGUGAGAGCAAAUGUUCAGUCAAAGCCAAAUAUGACAUAUAAGUAGUUUUAUUGAAACCGUUUAUUUAAGUGAACAUUAAUACUGGGUAACACUUUACAAUAACCAUCAUU